ACUUUUAUUUUGAAAGGGUCGGUCAGGUCAGCUGAUCUCUGAUGGCUCUUCCUCGGAAGAUAAAAAAGGGACUUUUUAGUCGCCUUCCUCAGUACAGUAAGUAUAGUAGGAGCCAGCACACAAAGCGACAUGGCGACAUAUCAUGAAGUGAAACCCCAGCCUGGGGACUUGAUAGAGAUCUUCAGGCCGGGUUACCAGCACUGGGCUUUGUAUGUGGGCAACGGCAUGGUGGUCCACGUAACUCCCCCCUCGGAGUGUGCAGGUGCGGGCCCCAGCAGUAUGAUGUCCCUCUUUGCGGACAGGGGCCUGGUGAGGAUGGAGGAGCUGUGGACGGUGGUGGGGGACGACCGCUACCGAGUCAACAACAUCCUGGAUGACAAUUACCAACCCCGCCCAGUUUUUAUCAUCUUGAGAGAAGCCAAAAGGCGGGUAGGCCAGGUGAUGCCCUACGACGUCUUCAGUGCGAACUGUGAGCACUUUGUCACCAACCUGCGCUACGGAAAACCAGAGUCCCGCCAGGUGCGCAAGGCGGCAGAAGCGGCCGCGUUGACAGGUGUGGUCUUUGGUGUCGCGGCCUUCGCAGGUGCUCUUCUGUUUGGACUGACUGGCAACAACAAGGACAAACACAAACAGUAACACACUGUUUGGACCGACUGACUGGCAACAACAAGGACCAGCACAACCAGUAACACACUAAUGUAACAUUCACCAGCAGAGCCUAAGACACUUCAACAAACACAGGUCAUUAAAAUACUGCAUUUGUACACCUUUUAUAUGCUGCAAAUGUUGUUUUUAUCAAAUAAAGGGAAGCUUUUUUUUAUCAAUCUACAGAUAUUUGCAAUAUUUUAAUAACUAAUAAAUCCUCCAAUUUCCUCUACUGUGACAUGUCAAUGUGAAUAAAAGUAUUUGAAGGCA